CACACACACACACACACACACACACAGAGGCAAGCACAAAGGACUGGUGUUUCACCCAUACUAUGCCUGCAGUUCCAAUGGGAAUUCUACUUUGUCAUUGCUAAGUUUAACGUGUGUAUGGCUUAAAUACUGCACACUGUAAAUAAACACCCAUGCCAGAACCCACAUUCAGAACAGACUACACCUUUUCCGAGAAACAGAUUUUUUUUUAAAGUUCCCUUCCUUAAUAUCAGUUUUCUGUACCGUUCAGUGGCAAUAACAGUCAAGCACAAUUAUUUGACCGCAUCGCAGAUCCAACUGUAUAAAUUUUCACAUUGGCUGCAGAGUAAACAAAGACUCGGGUACAAACCAAGUAUCUAGUAACUUAUCAGAUGUCUCUGGUGGAGCCCAGAGCACAAGCAUGUGUUCACUGGAGAUGUACAAGACCAAUAUUUUAUUAUUUGUUUAGAAUGUAAAUAAUAUGUAUACCACGUGCAUUAUUAGUUCCCUGGCCGUUUGUAUUCACUGUAGACCUGGGAAGUCUCCCUAAACAGUUUUAAACUUUCCACUGUGCGUUUCUGUAGCCUACAGCAAGCUUAUUUUAUGGUGUGACAUUUGCACAUCGCAACGUGUACAGGUUUUGCUCGUAUUCCUAUACUGUGCGCUUCUGGCCACGGACGGUCCCGACUUCCUCGGCUUUCCCUAACGGGAGCUCGCGAGUCCCCGUCCGCGGGACUCCACUCCGGCCCGUGUUUUGCGCGGAGCUGACGGGCUGCUCACAGGCCGGUGGCUGGGUUUUGCUCGGCUGUUGUCCUGAUAUCACUCCGCUAGCAUGGAGGAGGGGAGCGCUUGAUGAUUGUGAUGGUGGCAGCUGCUGCUUGCGACCGACACGUUCACGUCUGGAGGAUUUCCUUUCGCGCACCCCUCCACGGCCAGCGCUUUCGGGACUGCACGCCUUGUCCGCGCGCGGGGGUUUUUACCCACCGAGCUGAUGGAAUGCAAGUUCACGAAACUACUCCGGAGCCCGUUCGCUGCAGAUGGCAAAACUUUUUUCCAAAAGGACAACACAAUAAAACGACGGGCUCGCACCGGCGCGCGUUCUGAUGGUCGCGAGUAACAUCCGGAUGUUUCAUGGAACGGUAGGCGCGCGCGAGUGAAGCCUGGCACGUGAAGACGGCGGAGCGAGCCGGGCGCCUCGUUUGGUCCCGUACUUUGUGACAUUGUUUCGAGCCUCGCUGGGCUGCGCUGGAACCACACUGGAUGGUUGACACGGCGGUUUUCCCACAGGGGGGUCGCUGCCAGCACCGCGCGCUUGGAGUCGUUUGAAACCCCCUCCCCAGUCCACUCACUCGGGCUCCCUGGCGAAGCGGACUUCCGUCCCAGUUUGGAGCGUGACAAGCAGUCAGGGGGCUUUGACAGAGUUCUUCCCAAAUACCGUGCAGCCAGGCACAGAUGGGGGAUUUUGCCAGCUCCGCUGCCGCGAACGGCGGAGGCAUUUGCAUUAACAGCAGCAACGUAAACCUCAGCGCGAGUAACAGCACCAGUGGCAGCAGCGUGGGCAUCCCCAAGCACAGCACGGUGGUCGAGCGCCUCCGCCAGCGGAUCGAGGGCUGCCGGCGGCAUCAUGUCACCUGUGAGAGCCGGUACCAGCAAGCUCACGCCGAGCAGAUCGACAUUGAGCGCCGGGAGACGGCGACUCUGUAUCAGCGCAGCCUGGAGCAGAGGGUGAAGAAGACGGGCGGCAAGCAGCAGAACAAGCAGCCAGACCCAGACGCCACCGCCGAGCAGCGCAACAGCACGCUCAUAGCGCUCCAGGAGACAGUGAAGAGAAAGUUGGACAGCACUCGCUCUCCCUUAAAUGGCGAUCAGAACGGGAUCUGUGAUGGAAGCUACUCUCCCACCACCAAGCGACUGCGGAAGGAUGCUGGCGGUGGGCUGGACUCCCUGGGCACGCUACCCGGCAACGUGCCCCCCAUCUCACCCCUCCACCAAAUGGACAUCAAGCCCACGAUACCUACGGGCAACGGCAGUGCCACAUCAAACAGCAGCGCGCUGGGGAACGGGAGUGCUGUUCCCAACCACGUGGCGGGGUUGGCAGAGGACCUGGGCAAGAAUGGCGGCAUGACGGAUGUCAAACUCAACGGCUCCCUGGACCUGGACGAUGGCUUUGGCCUCCUGAAGGACCUGAAGCAGGAACCUCUGGACGACACGGGCGGGAUAGAGUCGUCCGACACGUCGCUGUCCAAUCAGAACAAACUCUUCUCGGACAUUAACCUGAAUGACCAAGAAUGGCAGGAGCUGAUUGACGAGCUGGCCAACACGGUGCCCGAGGACGACAUGCACGACCUGUUCAACGAGGACUUUGAAGGGAAGAAGGAGGUCGGGGACUUCGGCAGGCCGGCGCCGGAGCCGCCGCAGCACCCACAAGAGGCCCCGCCCCCCCUGGUUGCUACGGCGCCCAGCAACCCGCCGCAGACUCAGGGCGGGCAGAUGUCCACGGGCUCGCCGCAAGUGCGGCCGGCGUCGUCUGGGCCGCCGUUCGCCACGGCAGCCAACGGCACGCCCCCUCAGCAACCCCUCCAGCAGUCGCCCGCGGUCGCCAUGGCAUCAGGGUCCCCCGCCAACUGCGUGGCCCGAUCCCCACAGACCCCCACGCAGGCCCAGACGCAGGCCUCCAGGCCUGGGAAUGGAUUUCUGAUGAACCCGGGUCCCGGUGCGGGUCCGGUGGGGUCGGCGGCAGCGGGCGGCUCUGGGGCCGGAGCGGGGGCGGGCGGAACAAUGCCCGUAUCCGUGCCUCCCACCGCCGAGCUCUCGCCGGCCGAACAGCUGAAGCAGAUGGCAGCUCAGCAACAGCAACGUGCCAAACUGAUCCAACAGAACCAGCAGUCGCAGGGGGCGAGCUGGUCGCCCGCGGCCCCACCCACCAGCCCCUACGGGGCCCCCACCAGCCCCAUGAUGUACCCGCAGGGCUUCAACGGCCCCAGCUCCAUGGUGGCCAAGCCACUGAACAACUACGUCCCUCAGAAUCACAUGAACAUGCUGAACCAAUCGCAGGCAGCGUCUCAGGCGCCCGCCGGCCUGGGUGCCCCAAACGCCCUCAACAAGCAGCUGUCCUACAGCAACACCAAACCGCUCAGCCAUUUCAGCGGCGUGGAGCACAUGAGUCACAGAAUGACUCCGCCCAUGGCCAACCAGGCCAAAAAUCCCAUGAUGCCCUACAUGCACAGCACCGGGGCCCAGACUGGGGGUCCGACGCCUGCUCAGGGGCCCAUGCCUGGCCAGACAGCGCACCUGACCGAAGAGCAGAAGAGGAUGAUGUUGAUGAAGCAGAAGGUACUUGGCCAGGCGUUACCAUACAGUCCCAUGCGGCAGCACGCCCAGGAGCAGGGUGUGGUCAGCAUGGCACGCCAGGCCGGAGCCGUUCAGCCCCCUCACGGAGGGCCAGGGGGCGUGGCCUCUGCAGGGCCCAAUGGCGUAGGCCCGGGGGCGGGGCCAGGCGGUUACCUGGGCAACCAGCAGCAACAGCAGCAGGCGGCCAUGAUGAAACAGAUGAUGGCUAUGGAGCAGGAGAAGAGAGUGCAGCUCCACCUUCUGGAGCAGCAGAAAGCACAGUUACUGAGGGAGCAGCGUCAGCAACAGCACCACCUACUGGCAGAGCAGUUACAGCAGCAGCAGCACAGACAGAUGAACCAAUCACAGAGGAGUCCCUACCAACAGUACCAGAGUACGGCGCAGGAUAUGGCCGCGAGGAACCAGGCACUGCAGAAUAUGCGCAGUGCCCGUCUGCUUCAGCAGCAGCAGCAGCAGGGCCUGCUCCAGAUGACGCCAGUCCAGAACCCUGGUGCUAUGCCCACUCAGGGCGAGAUGGGCAUGACCUACAGCAGCCAGCCUGCCACCCAGGCGGGCAUGUACCAAGGCAUGAACUCGGGAUUGGGUCAGAUGCUCCAGCCCCCACACCACCCCAGCCAGAGUGGCAUGGCCAUGGCACAGAGACCUGCGGGCAGCAGCAGGCAGGGGAUGGGAGGAGCCACGGCCGGAGGAGGGUACGCCCAGGCCCUGCUCAUGAACCCCACGCAGAUGAAGUCGGGCGGCGUCGCUUCCAGCGGGCAGCCGAUGCCGAAAGCCCAGGCGCAGAGACUGCAGAGCAUGAUGGGAGGUGCAGGCCAGGGUUGGCCCGCACAACAACAGCAGCAACAGAGCAUUCAGGCGAUGGCCGGAAGGACUACAAACGACAUGGUGGCGUUUAACAGCAACGCCGCCUACGCCAUGCAGGGCGGGCAGCCGUCGAGAAUGCCCAAGCAGCACUUCGGCCAGGCCGUGGGAGGUCAGGGCAUGGUGGAUCCACGCGCCAUGAACCCGGCCGCCAUGGCCGUUCCCAUGAUGCCACACAUGGCCAGCCAGCCGAGGACCAACCAGCCGCGGGGCAUCGUCAUGCCCGGCAUGGGCCAGGGAGUGCCCAGCAUGACCGCCUUUGGACAGAGCUCCGCCCAGGCAAUGGGAGGAGCAGGCCCGGGAGGCGGGGCCUACAUGUCAGGUGGUCAGCAGCAAGGCUACCAACGGACGUCCAGCCAGGACCUGAGCUAUGGUUAUGGCGGCCAAGCGGGGAGCGGGAGCGGGGUCUCGUUUGGACUGUCGGACGGGGCGGAGCUAGACUCAACGGACGGCUGGAUGGAGGAAUUUUUCCCCAGCCAAUAGCCAAUAUAUACACACGUUUGGGGGUUCACAUGUUUGGAUUGGCCAGAAAAAAAAGUGUA